AUGUGGAGGACAGUACGUUCAUUACAUGAACUAUCAGAAGAAAAAGAAAAAGAAAUUUCAGUGUUAAGAACAAAAAGAAGAGAACAAUUUUUACAAAAGAAAAGAAUUGAAGAUAAUAAUCACUUCAAAGAAGUAAAUUUAGAAGAUAUUAAUUUAUUUAUUAAUGGAGUAAAACAAAAAAGAAUUGAAAGUUAUAGAUGUCUUGAAAGUUUAUUAGAAGAUAAUGAAACACCAUAUUGUAUAAUUCAAGAAAGUGGAAUAAUUAAAUUAAUAAUUCAAAAUCUAAUGGAAGAAGAUGAGACAAUAAUACAAAAUAGUUUACAAUUAUUAAAUGGAUAUAUAAGUUUUCCAGAGUCAAAUAAAUAUACAAAAGAUAUUAUUAAACAAGGAUUUUUAUCAACAAUACCAAACAUAAUAGAAUUUAAAUCACCAAUAACAAUUAAAAAUCUAUUUUAUUUAAUAUGUAAUAUUAUUUUUGAUUGUAAUGAAGAAGACUUUAAUUAUACUCAAAUAUUUGGAACAUUUGAUAUUUUUCAAUACAUUGGAAAAGUAAUUAAAUUAAAUUAUAUUUAUAAUUUAGUUCCUUGGAUGUGUAAAAAUUUAUUAUUAAACCAAUUUGUUGAUGGAGAAACAAUAUUAAAAGCAAUUGAAUUAACAACUUAUUUAUUACAAAAAGAUGAUGAUAUUAAUAUUGCAAAUGAUUGUAUUGAAACACUUAGAUUAGGAUUAAAAAGACCUGAAACAAGUCAUAUAGCUUCAAGUGAAACAAUUUGUAAAAGUGUAAUUGCAAGAGUAGAAAGUGGAACAAUUAUAAGAAGAACUUGUUUUAAAUAUUUUUUUCAAUUAUGUUUUGAAGAUUAUAUUCAAGUAAUUGAUUCAACAGGAAUAUUUAAUAUAUUUUCAUCUUAUCUUUAUUCUGAAGAUGAGGAAUUAGUUAAAUUAUUAAUUGGAGCAAUCGCAAAUUGUGCAACAACAGAAGAUCCAAAUAUUAUGAUAAAAAUUUCUAAAGAUUUUAUUCCUUUUGCAAUUAAUAAAAUUUUAAAUGAAUUCCCAAAUAAUCAAUUUGAUGAUUUAUCAAGACUUUUAUUUAAUUCUUGUAUUUGGACUGAAACUCAUAACUAUGAACCAACAAAAAACCUUAUUUUAUUAUAUCCUAAUUAUAUUAAAGCAAUAUACGUAUCUUUAACUUCUUUUUAUUCUGAUGAUAAUCUUAUUGCUUUGGGUCUAAGAGCUGUUUCUGAUUUACUUAUGAAUAUCACUGACUUAAAUUUAAUUGAACAAUUCACUGACUAUGGAUUAGAUGUUUUUGUUGAUGACAUUCAAUAUAAAUCAACUUCAAAACGUGUUGUUGAAAGAGCAAAUAAUAUCUAUCAAUGUUGGUUUGCAAUGAGUGACAGUGAAAGUGAUAAUGAAUAUGAAAAUUACUUUUAUUAA